UGGUUGGAUGAAUUCUGAAAACUUCAUCUACAUACACGAACGACAAAUUGGGCGCUUUCUCUAAUGGCGCUUAACCUUAUUUUCUUUUUUAAUUAAAUUUUCCACCAAUGACAUUCUUCCCUUUCUUUUCUUUUUUAACACUUCGGUAGCCAUUUUUCUCCUCUCUUCUCUUCACUGCAUCGAAAUAAUCCGUUCAACAUGAGCAACGAGGACAGUUUUUUCACCGACAUUUUUCUAGAUUGGUUUCCCGGCGAAAAUUGCGAUUCUGAUGUCGAACCUAUAACACAAUAUUGUCCGAUCGGACCACCAUCGCCGUCCGAUGAUAAUCACGUGAACUCGACGAGCUCGAUGUCGAGCAGAAGCAAGAAGCGAAACCGAGAAUUAGUUUCCGACGACUUAUUGGAAGCUGAAAGAAAAGGCACCCGGCACCGGAGAACCGGCGAAUCAUCAGCUUCCCGGCAACAACCGAAAACGAGAGAAGAUAAUUUGGAAGAGCUAAUUGCGGUGAAAACUGUAAGGAAAGCCGCUAAAAUUUUAAUGGAUCGAAUCGACCGAAGAGUAAACAAAGUUAAGAUAGCAGAUGCGGAGUUGGUAUACAAGAUGAUGGCCAUGAGAGCCUCUCAUCUCUUACCGCAAGUUUUCGUCUCCUUCGACCGAUUCGAAGCGCAAUCAUUCCGUUCUAAUCUCAAAAAAUUUAAGGAAAAUAUCACGAAAAUACAGAAAGAUUACAAAGGAGACCGAUUAACAGAAGCCGAGGCUAAGCAGAAAUUGCUCGGAGUAGGAAAGGAAAUCGAGCAAUUAGAUCAACACCUUGAGGACUUUGAACAAGUCAAAGAUGUUUGUGGCAUUUGUCCUUGAUAUAAGCAUUAUUCUACAUAUCCAUUGAUGAAAGAAGUUGCUGCUACUGACGAUGAUGGGGGAAGUUUGCCGACUCGUGAAGAAUUACCUUCUUCAUUUAAUGAUUUGAAAAACCAACUUUACGAAAAAGACAACAACAAAGUUUCUGUUAAAGACUUCCAUGGCUUACAACAAGCAUUGGAUAACACUAUUGCCUGGGGAAAACCUCCGGACUACCUCGAACUGUUAGAAUUAAGUGACCCAAAUUCUUAUUUAAAUAAAAUACGAUGGAAAAUAAAAUAAAAGUAAAAUCCAUAUAGAACUAGACUUCUUUUAUUUUAUUUUAGAAUAAGGUUUUUAAACCUUAUUAAACUCCAUCUAUUUUAUAUUGAUUAGGAUAAGGUGUUUCAAUCCUACUAGAAUAUGGCUUUGCAAGCCUAUAAAUAGACAUAGUCUAUUCCUCUUGUAUUUGAGUAAAAAUUUUUCGACAUAGUGAAUUUUCUUCUCCUCUGCCUGUGGUUUUUUUUUCCGAAAGGGUUUCCACGUAAAA